GCAUUCGUAUCAUUUUACACCUGCUCAAUAAAAAAAACGAACAUAUUCAUAUAAAUACUUCUACUGCAGAUUCAACCUUUCGUUCUCUGACAGUUCUUUCUCCAAACCUACCUUUCUAUCUUUUCUUUUUCAUCAGAGCAUUAUUUGAUACCCUCUUGAGUCCUCUCUGCAGCAACGCAUUUUUCCUCAUUCUCUUAAACAAUUUAACUUCUCUUCGUUUGAUCUGCAUAAAAUUGCAUUAAUAUAAAAAAUGAAGAAGUUUGUACUCAAGUUAGAUUUGCAUGAUGACAAGGAUAAGCAGAAGGCCUUGAAAACAGUUUCAACUCUUUCAGGAAUUGAUGCCAUAGCCAUGGAUAUGAAAGAGAAGAAAUUAACAGUGAUAGGAACAGUUGAUCCGGUAACUGUGGUGAGCAAAUUGCGCAAAUACUGGAAGGCAGACAUAGUAGCAGUUGGACCAGUGAAGGAACCUGAGAAGAAGGAGGAUCCCAAGAAAGCAGAAGCAAAGAAGGAGGGAGAAAAGAAAGAGGAGGGAAAGAAGGAAGAAGGAAAGAAAGAAGAGAAGAAGGAGGAUGAUAAGAAGAAAGAGCCAGCCCCAGAUCCUGUUUUGGAAUGGGUCAAGGCUUAUAGGGCAUAUAACCCCUACAUGACCACAAACUACUAUGCUCCAAGCAUGGAAGAGAAUCCCAAUGCUUGUGUCAUUUGUUGAAGGAUAAAACUUAGAUGUAAUUUUAUAAGUAUAUUUGGUGUUUAUUUUCGACCAAAAUUGAAGUUUAUCUCGAUAAUCUACAUGUAAACAUCUAUUAUGUAGAUUAUUGAAAUAAAACUUUAAUUUUGAUCAAAUAACAAGGUUAUAAGGAGCCUAAAGAUUUGUAUGUAAGUUUUGUUCGUUGCUAAAUAGUAAGUUGUCCAAACACAAGGGAAGGACAUACCUUUUCAAUAUGGUAAUAUAUUCUAUUCUCUUUCACUCCCAUAUGAGCGAUCAGCCAAAAGUAAAGGAACUCCUUGUAUAUAAUAUGGUGAUGUCUUGUUGAGUUAUUACUGAGAGAUAUUUUCAAUGUGUAGAGAAGAAGGAAUAAAAUUUUGGGGAUGUAAUUUAAGCAUACAUUUUUUCCUGUAAUAUAAAAGUUGUUUUAUGAUUGUAUGUA